AUGUACAAUGUGUUCGACGGGCUGGUGACGAUCAACUUCAAGGAUCGCUCCAUCAUGCCGAACAUGGCGCUGGAGUGGACGAAUCCCGAUCCGCUGACCUGGCGCAUCAAGAUUCGCGAAGGCGUGAAGUGGCAGAAAGGUUUCGGCGAGUUCACCGCCGAGGACGUGGAAUACACGUACAACUUCCACAUCUCGUCGAAGAGCUUCCAGAUGGGAACCUCGCUGUUCCCGAUCGCGUCGGUGAAGAGCGACGGCAAGUAUGUCGUCGAGGUGAAGACCAAGAUGCCGUUCGGCGCCUUCCCCGGCGUCACCAUGGGUUAUGAUCUACAACAGCAAGCUCCAGGGCUUCGAGCCUGCGCCGCAGGAGUACACCGAGAAACUCGACACCGUAUCGUGGUCAUGAGCGGCCUCGCUCGCGCUGAAGGAUAG